CCGAUCAGAGAGCCGGCCAGCCAGCCUCUCGUCAGCCUUUGUGUUGACGGCACGAUAGUUUGCUGUGAGAGAUUCGAACGUUCUGUGUCCGUCGAUUCGCGAUGACGCAGCACUGAUAGCUUUGCACCAAAUGUUUUCGCUGUCGUCGGCCAGCACGGCUCCCAUGCCAUCAAUCUCGGCAGCCCUGAUCGAAGCGGCUCGAACGAAGGAGUCACUCUAUGAGUCCGAUGAAAACAAGCAGAGUUCCGGCACGCCGCGAACAUGGAGGUGCUCAUUCAAGCGAGUGAUCAAUCUGUUUACUGGACAGUUCUACCCACAUCAUCUGAAAAUGUUUGUAUUAUUCGUUAUCGCUGCACUACAUCUUGCCUAUACCAGAGAAUUUCUGACGACAUUCCGAGCAUAUGAGUCUCUGGCUAAUCAGGUUGAAUAUCGAGCAUCCCCAGAGGUUGGGAACCAAGCCGAUAUCAACUUGGUACGAUUCGUCAUGAUUGCUCUCAUAGAUUACAAAAAGAACUUAUGGAUGACCGUAGGAGCAAUGUGCGCAUCCUUGUCAACAAGUGCAAUUAUCAUAUUCUUCUAUAAUACAUAUUGGCAUCAGAUGAGCCGCGUCACAACUGCUGUGGUGCGAAUUGUGGAUACUGUAGCGUUUUUGUCGCUUCCAUUCUUGCUCGGUGCUCGUCUGAUGAUCGCAGUCAACAUCAUGACUUAUCUGGAGCCUUCGCUACAGGCAGCUUCUCGUCUGGUCUCCACAAACGCUUUCAUGAACGAGCUCGUCUGCUCGAUCAUUCCCCGAGAAUCGCUGCCGCUCUGCAGUGCCGUCAUCGAACGUUCGAUCUUUCCGAUCCUCGUGCUCAAGUAUCUGCUGAUUCUGUGCAUCCUUACAGCUGCAUACAUCAUGCUUGCCUAUCUGAUCGAGUACUGUAUCCGCCACUGGUUCCCUCCUUCCGAGAGUGAUGAGGCCUUGGAUAGCGAUCGCAUUCUUGUCGAAUCUGCUUAGACGGGUGCGAUUAGCAUCCAAGGGGCGUUCAGAGUUGUCCGUGCCAGCAACGUGCCAGCGAUGUUCCACUGCCGUGCCACAGCGGUUCCAGCGCCAUGGCGACACGUCGAUCGAUUAGUGCGAGGCGUGCACACUUGGAUUCUGCCGCAGCGCUGGAACGGCUCUGGCACGGCGCUAGCACGGGCAGCUCUGGACCCAGCCUCAGUUAUUCCUCCUUCGUAGCUUUAUCUCCAUUUCACCGGUAUUCUCCCCUUCUAAAUAAUGCUUUUCUCCUCAUGGCGCCUAGCGCUGCAAUAUGAGUGCAAUCUCGACAUGUUCCAUUGUUUGGGUAUAGAUGUGUCACCCCGAGUAACCGUGCUAAUCCCCGCCAAUCGUCUCAGUAAUCCCCCGGGCUUUCCAACUCCUUGACUCGGGAUUAUCCGAGAGUUAAGUUCAAUCAGCUCUAUCACUUCACCGCGUGGCGGUGUCCCAACUUGCAUUUUUUGGAACAGUUUUACACCAGUCUUUCUUUCUCUUUCGAUUUUUCUUCAAACUGUGCCCACCUGGAAGUAGGGGGCCACAGUUCCUUCAACCCUUCGCUUAACUCUCUUCCAUACGAGCUAAGCACUGCAUACGUGUAUGCGCGACUUUCGGGGUACUAUUUUUUUUGCCUCGCUCUCCAUAAAAAAUUUCUUACGAAAUUGAAUCCACCGGCUUUCUUAUCUCCUCGCCUGCUGCUGUUCUAAGCAGCUAAUCAUUUGUGUGAAUAGAAUCCAUCUAACAAAAUGUUUAUCACGUUGCUAUGCAUAGGUUUUGUUCUUUCUUUUUCCUAUGUAAAUAGUUUUUGUAAAAAUUCCGAAAAUGCCACUAACAUCUAGCAUUUUGAAGGUAAAAAACUGUGUUUUGUGAAAAUGGCUGGCCUUUCAUAUGUGUAGCCCUCUUUCUGUCGCCAAAAUGGCGGCCAUAUGUUCUAGUCUCGUACUUCCUCGAACAUUUUUUGUGUGUAUGUAAAUAUGUACAACUUUAUAAG